AUGCCAGGCUGUAGUGACAAUAGCACCUCCUGCUCAUCCGAGUCAGAUCUGGAACUUGGGAAGGGCUUGGAAUCAUUAUGGCUGCUUCUAUGCACGUUCCUUGUGGUGUCGAUGCAACUGGGUUUCGCAAUGCUGGAGGUGGGAGGAGUCCGGGAGGCUCAUCGAAUGACCGUUCUGGCGAAGAAUGUCAUGGACUCGGUUGUGACCUGCCUGGCCUUUGCUUUGGCAGCGGAAUUUCUGGAUAUGACUCUGGUGCAGGACAAGAACGGAUCAAAAUCGUAUGAAAACCUCCUGUCUAUGUGGGCCUUCUGCGCGACCUGUACGACGAUUUGCUCGGGGGCGAUGGCAGAGCGAGCGCACAUGGUGGCAUAUUUGGCUUAUGCGGCGGUGAUGGGCAGUGUGGUUUACCCGCCGUUGGCUGAAGGUGUCUGGGGUCGAGGAGGUUUCUUCUACAAUCAGCUGCAUGAUCGUUUCCGCACCGGAAUCAGCUACCAUGACUGUGCGGGAAGCGGUGUAGUUCAUUUGACUGGAGGCUGUGCAGCCUUCACUGGCUGCCUUUUACUGGGUCGACGAAUCAUGUGCCGUGAGCUGGAGCCGGAUGAUGAUGGUCAUUGGAUGGACCCUGAAGCAGCCAAAGAGGAGGAGAACCCGAAAGGCAACUGGCAGAGACGUUUUGAUGACGAGGCCAGAGACAAACUGGAGUUUCAGACUUGUAGCUAUCUACAGGUCAUGGGCAUGUUUACCUUGUGGGUUGGUUGGUAUGGCUUCAAUGCUGGGUCAGUCCUGUCUUUGGAUCCGACUGGCCAACUAGCUGGCAUGGUCUCCUGGAACACCACAGUCGCCGGCUCGGCGGCUGGGCUUGGAGCCUGCCUCUAUCUCUAUGGUUUUCAUUUGAACUUGGAUGUAGGCUUUCUGUGCAAUGGAGUUUUGAGUGGCCUAGUGGCUGUUACCGCCUCCUGUGAUGUGGCCACAUCCACAGCCGCGAUUGUUAUCGGCUUGCUGAGCGGCUUGGUGGUCUACCCGACUUGCUCUGGGCUGAUGCAGUGGGCCCGCAUUGAUGACCCAGUCGAUGCCGUUGCAGUGCAUGCAGGGUCAGGCUUCUUCGGCGUGGUGGCCACGGCGUUUUGCACUCCACAUUGUGACAAGUUGAGGGCAGCUGGUGCGCUUUAUGGACCCCAGGCAGAGUUUUGCUCCGAAGCGCACUCACUGGUCGGGCAGCUGGAGAUACAGCUUUGGGGUGCUUUUUUGAUAAUUGUUUGGGCAUUUUUGAUGUCCUUCAUUUUCUUCCUUCUUUGUGCAGUGUCCGAGCGUGUAAAAAGCUUGGAACUGAAGUACAUCAAGGAGGUUGAGGACAUCCUGGCACACAGCGUUGCUGAGCCUUCUGAGGCCGUGGAGUCCUUACUCACGAUGCGCUUGGGUUCGGUGGGUGAACGUUCAGCACUGGUGCGCCAGCUGCUGGAGCAGCGGGCGCAUGGCAGCUUGAAGGACAUCAAGGACUUCCAAGCCGCUUUAGCUGACUUGCGCUGUGGCUGGCGGCAAAGCGCUCUAGAGCCAGAGACCAGUUGCUGUAUGGAGGCCUUGGUCAGAGCAACAUUUGCUUGCUGGCCACUGCGGAAAAUGUCUCUUCUGCGGCUGCGAAUCCAUCCGUCAGCGGAACUCUCAGGCCUAGGCGCCCUGAAGGCUGAGGGUGGCAAAGUCUACCAAGCGUUGCACCGUGCAGCGCAUCAGAUUGCUGAGCUGCGAGCAGAGCACCGGUCGGUCCACUCGCCGUUGAAGAGAAAUGUCAAGGAGCUGUCGCUAAUCGUGAAGAGCCAAGACAUCCUACUGCGGGCCUUGACGCGAAAGCGCUCACCCAGGAGAGGCACACUUCAGUCUGUGGCUGAAGAGGAUGAACGGGAGAAGCAUUCUCCAACAAAGCUGCCCUCAGUGGGCACUCAUCAAGAAGGAGCAGGGACAGCCCUUCAUUCAGCCUUUCCAGCCUCAAGCUCGGAUCCGUAUCCGAUUCAUCGUGUCAGAAGCGAUAGCACCUUGUCCGACUCCUCGAUGGGCACCAUGAGUCCGCCCAUGUCGGUGAACAGCACAACGCCUCGGCCCAGCAUUUUGGGCCGGGAAGUUCACAGGAGCCGGGAAGUUAAUGAAGUUGCCGAUCAGCUCUCAAUAUUGCUGCAAACACAGCAGCAGCUCAUGACCGCACUGACACAAGGCUCACCUUCCAUUGGAAAUCCUCAAUUCGCUGAGCCGCCGAUGCCACAGUGUGAGCCUCCGCUGUUGGCACAGAGGAAUGUGCUUGCAGCUGCGCUGGAAGUGCUUGCUGCUCGAGGUGUUUCAGGAAAUCCGAGUGCAGAGGCAACUCCUCGAACGCUUGACAUGGUGAGCCGAGGGCCAAGCACCCUAAGCCUAGGCUCUGGUGGAAGUGCAGACACACUGCUGGAGCAAGCCUACAGGGCUGACAUUGCAAUCGCCAUGGUCUUGCGAAAAGGAGGAGUGAUGGCGCAGAGCAUUUGCUACACUGCCGGGAUGCGCUUGGCAGGUGCCGGGGCGGCAUUUGUGCGCUUUGCUUUAGCCCAGCGGGGUGGGCCUGUCCAUGAGGUGGUGAUUCGUGCUGGUGAGGUUGCAUUCCUGGGACGUGCGCCCAAAGCUUGUGUUGUGAUCCAGGAUUCUAGUGUUUCAUCCCAGCAUGUGGAGCUGUCAUUUGGCCUGAUCUCCGCAAAGAAGUCUCCAGAAAGGGCAGGCGAGCCAUGUGUGCUGGCUCGUGACAGGUCGCAAAACGGCACUGGGCUCUGCAAGCUGGGCCCCGAUGGCCUGCCAGACUUGGCCAAUAUUUGGCGUCUCAGCUCUGGGCCGGAGCAUUUGGAGGAUGGCCAAGUCUUGGUGGUCCCAUUGCGAAGCAAAAGCCGACAAGUCCGACAAAAUGAGGUCUUGGAGACCAGCCUGUUUCACUUCUAUUUGCACACAGGUGUGGGUACUUGGCCUCCGAAGCCUAUAGCCUUAGUUGGGCGAGGCAACGGAAAGCCAGAAGAAGCUGUUCUACGAGCGUGGGUUCCGGACAAGCUGGGUGACUCUGACAUCCUCCCGGACUGCUAUGACCCUGCCUCUGGAAUUGGGCGAUGGAACUAUCAGGCUCGCUUGGGCGAGGGUGGCCUGGGCAUCGUCUACCGUGCUUACGAUUGCCAGGGCAAACUGGGGCAUGUUGCUAUCAAGGUGCUAAAGCAUCCCCAGCGUGCCUACUGGGGGAAACAACACUGUUUUGCAAUGCACCGUGAGAGCCAGUGGUCAUUGCAGAAACUUCACAAUACCGCUGAUGGUCGAUACUGUGAACGUUCUGCCAAACUUUUUGCAAAGUACCUUGAGGAUCACACCGGCUUGGUGCAAGUCAGCCCAGGCAGCUUUGAUGAGCGCCGAAAGCGCUUUGAGACACCAGGACUGGACUGGGAGAAGGAUGGGCCUAAGGUUGUGGCUGCACCCUAUGUGGUCAUGGAACUGGUUGAAGGGGAACCCCUGCACGUGGCCAUGGACCGUGAGUGGCGCACACCCUCAAAGCAUGCUGGCAAGGAUCCAGCCCCCAUGACAGUGCAAGAAAAGCGCCAGGUCUUGAUACAAUCUGCUCGAGCGCUGGAGUAUUUGGCAACCUUCGGGCUCAUUCACCGAGACUUCCGUGGUUGCAACAUGCACUUGGCUGAAAGGGCAGUAAACGAUGGCGAGUGUGUUUUGAAGGUUUUGGAUCUUGGUGUAAUGAUCACGGGUGAAGAUUGUCAUCAGUCGAACACCAACGACGCAGUCCAGGCCUUCCGUCGCCGUGGCGAGACGGAGGAAAAGCGACGGCGGUAUGAUUGGUUGCCAUGGGAAGUGCGAAUAUCUGCAGACGGCAUUGGACCACCGCUGAACUUCUUGGAGCCUGUGCAUUCUUUCGACAUGUUCUCCCUUGGAGUGCUUGCAUUGCACCUCACGAUUGGCCGAACAGAGGCCCGCCUGAGGCUUAGUGCCAUGGAAAGUGCCGGUGCAGGAAAGGACCUCACCGCGGUGGAGGUGGUUGAUACCAGCAUGCUGGGUCUGGAUCCCAUGUUGCAUCGUGAAAUGUUGGGCCCGGCAGCCGAUCGGCCUGCGCCCAGCAAGGUGGUGCGUUCCAUCGAGGCAAAAUUGGCAGACCCGCAGAGGCUGCCAACCGUGAGCAAGGCUGUAGGCGCGGCAUCCAGGGCCAGGGUGACAAGCAGUCAGCUUUAUCCUGAAGUGACCUUGAGUCGCACUCGCAGCCCAACAAUAUGGCCGGCCGAAAGAACCAGGGAUCCUGCUGAGAUGGCACAAAUGAAGCGUUUGUUACCGCCCGAGCCGCUCGAGAGUGCAGCUGGGCGCCUCGUACCGCCUGCAGCCAACGGACGCCCAGGCUCCGGUCAGCGAGAUCCACCGGGAGCCUCGGCCAAGUCUGUUGCCCGAGUGCCUCGAGACUGGGAGAGCCAAAGCUCCGACGACGAGAAAAGACACCCUCAGCGUGGUGUAGGCCCCGGUGGCCUGCCAGAAAGGAGUCGUUCAAGGAGCGCUUUGGAGCGACAAGAGCAAGCUGAACUUGAUGUCGCUGCGAAGAGGAACCAGCACUUUGGCCCACGGUCGCGCAGCUCGCGGAGUCGCAGCCGAGAUGGCUUGAAUGGCAGAGACAAAGAGGAAGCAAGGUCCGUUCCCAGUGAUGCCGAGGAAGUGGAAGUCUGGCGACCUGCUUGGCGGCGUUCUGUUUCUGCGCGAAAGGAGCUGCCCUCAAGAAGUUUGUCCCCAGACGGUGCAAGAUCUGCUGAGCCUGGUGCUGCGCUUUUCCGUUCUUUGAGGGCUUGCAGGAACUUGUCCUGGAACACUCGCCAGAUCCAGCUGCCGACUGAGAAGUCGUGUCACUGGAUUCUGCGAUUUCCUUUGGACUUGGAGGUUUGGGGCUCAGCCGGUGAGAACAAGCCCGAGAUCGGCCUGAUGGACGUGUGUAGGUCCGGCCCUCCACUGCCACCUGGUGACGUUGCACUGGAGCCACCCGCCUCUGUCCUGGGCGAGAGGAAGCCGAAGGCAUGUGCAUCCUUAGGAGAAUGGCUGGAGAUUGGAGAGAUGCAGCAUCCAGAGGGCAGCACAGCGAGAAUUGGCCUCCAGAUGCUGAGAAGUGCAAGCUUGCCUCCGGGGUAUGGCUUUGAAUUUGAUCGUUUCUUGCGUCGGGUCGUGCUACGCCACGCUGCGGGUGUUGUCAUCCACGGGCAGCCAAUGCUGCUCCUCGACCAAAAGGUAGAGUUACUGUAUAUAUCUGUAUAUAAAACACGUAUCAUAUUACAUUAUAUACAAUGAUAUAAUGAUAUGUACAUAUUCACACCAGUUUAUUCACGGGGCAUUUGUAAAUCGAGUGAAGUGUUGGAUAGAAUCCGAGGAAUGAAUGGGCGUUGCUUCCCGACUAGAAAGGCAGUGCCUGAUCGUUGGUAGAAGCACCAAUUGAACCUCACCUUCUGGUGUUCUGUUGUCACUAGGACGCAAAGCAGUUGCUUGAAAGAUGCAGUUACAACCAAGGGUUUCCUGCGAUUGUGAUGAUGAAUUUGAUGCAGAGCAGCUUGGUUGCACGAGUUUAUGGCUUUGACAAAGACUUGCGCCGCAUUGUCCGCAUUGUGGAACUUGAGCUCUUGCUACGGUACUCACUCGAUAGCAUGUUCACCUCGUUCUGGCUUUGCACCGGUGAUUGGAUUUGUGAACUCCGUUGUGAAAGCUGUUUGCCAGGCUCCGGUAUCAUUAUUGCACUUUCCACGAGUUUGGCCGAUUAGUGACAGGCCGACAGCGCGCAUCUAAGAGCUUGAUGUCGUCGGUUGAUGAGCUCAGACUCAUCCAAGCGACUGUGUCCAGCAUACAUGCAGAUGUGUUAGUGUUUCCAAACAUGGUGGGUGGUUCAGUGGUUCAGUCAAGGUAAGUGCUUCUUGCAUGUAUCAAGCUUGCUGCUGGAUCAGAGUGACUGGAGAGCUGGGA